UAGAUAGAUUCCUGCUAUAGACAUUUGAAGUGCUUUAUAGAUAGGUUUUCAAAAUACAACGAAGUUCGUCACGUUUUCUAGGAAAUCUAUUUAUCAAUUAAGACAUCUCUGCCUUUACCUGCAUUAAACAAACCAAGAUUCUUAAUCAAGAUCGACCCAUAAAGAUCCCCGUCCCCAUAGGCCUUUUGAAGUGCCCAUAGAUACUUGUUGAGUUCCCAGAUUACACAAAAAUUUCGGAUCUGGACAAACAGAUACGACGAAGUUCAUCACGACUGGCCCACUUAAUCGCUCUGCAGUCUUCUCGUCUAUCUCUUAUCGUAGUCAGCCGAACACCUUCCCCAAAACUAACCCAACUGUCCGAUGAUAACUGCCUACGCAUUCACAUAUUUCGCACUCUUGCUUUGCAGUAAUAACCCCGCCGACUGACGGUCGCUUGACCAUUCGUCUGCCCACGCUGGAGCGGAUCGGUUCGUUCCCUUUCCCACUGCAGGCAGCCGGCAGGCACAGGCUCAUCCGAAUCUAAAAGUCCAGAAACGCGAAUCUAACAAGUGGCCGCUAAUUAAUCAUCCACAACGUGUAAUUCACGUCGAAACUCCCACCAAGUAUUACCCGACUGUAAAGUGCUGUCCAGAUCUUGUCGGCAUGUGCGAUAGUGAAGAUGAUCUCUACAGGGAGCGCCUGCCAAAUGUCUGUGGUGCAGUGGGCUCCAAGGCCCGGAGCUGCUGCAGCAUGCGCUCUGUCUACAAAUACCUGCCAGUCACCGUUUGGCUGCCCAAAUACCAGUUGAACUUCUUGGCUAUGGAUCUGGUGGCGGGACUCACGGUGGGUCUAACGGCCGUUCCACAGGCCAUAGCCUACGGAGCUGUGGCCAAUCUGCCACCAGCCUACGGACUCUACUCGGCGUUUAUGGGCGGAUUUGUGUAUAUACUGUUAGGAACCUGCAAGGACAUCACAGUUGGACCCACGGCCAUCAUGGCGCUAAUGGUGCGACCCUAUGUAGAUGGCAAUCCAGCGUAUGCGGUGCUCCUGUGCUUCCUGUCCGGCUGCAUCAUCACCAUUAUGGGUUUGCUCAAUCUCGGAGUGCUAAUGCGAUUCAUUUCGGUGCCGGUAACAACGGGUUUCACGAUGGCAGCAGCCUUAACCAUUGCCACGGGACAGGUUAAUAGUCUCUUUGGAAUUAGCAGUAGUGCCAAUGGCUUCCUCGACUGCUGGAUACACUUCUUCGGCCACAUAACGCAAACACGUCGAAAUGAUGCCAUCUUGGGCUGCUGCACACUGAUUUUCCUGCUGCUCAUGAGGCAACUCAAAGACCUGCCUUUUGGCAUCAAGAGCGUGUGGAAGUAUAUUUCCUUGGCUCGCAAUGCUGUGGCCGUGCUAAUUGGAAUCCUGCUGUGCUAUCUCUUGAAAAGUGACGGCAAACUUCCCUUCCUAGUCAGUGGCAGCAUCACUCCUGGUUUGCCGCCCUUCAAGCCACCUCCUUUCCACACGGAAGACUCGGAGACGGGAGAGGUCACCAACUUUGGUGGCAUGGUUUCGAAUAUUGGAUCUGCCCUGGUGUCCAUACCACUGCUGUCCAUAUUGGAGAGCAUAGCUGUGGCCAAGGCCUUCUCCAAGGGCAAGAUAGUGGACGCCUCGCAGGAGAUGAUUGCCUUGGGCGUGAGCAACAUCCUCAGCAGCUUUUUCUCUUCCAUGCCCAUCACUGGAUCCUUUACAAGGACGGCCAUCAACAAUGCCAGUGGAGUGAAGACACCGCUAGGAGGAGCUGUUACCGGCGCAAUUGUCAUCAUGACCCUGGCAUUCCUCACCUCCACAUUUGCCUAUAUUCCCAAGGCGACUCUGGCUGCCAUCAUCAUAGCAGCCAUGUUCUUCAUGGUGGAGUACGAGACCAUUGGGGAGAUUUGGCGGGCAAAAAAGCGUGAUAUGCUGCCUUUUCUGGUCACCGUGCUGACCUGCGUCUUCUGGACCUUGGAGUACGGCAUGGUGGUGGGCAUUGUCUUCAAUGCACUUUUCCUGCUCUACAAGAGCAUGAAGCCGCAGUUUAACUUGGAGACCCAGAAGUUCAAUGGCCUCGAGGUGACCAUGGCCGAUCUCAAGGGCAGCGUGGAUUACGCCGCAGCCGAGUACUUGAAGAUUUCAAUUGUGUCGCACGUGACGGGUAGGAACGACGAGGGAGGUGCCCCCACCACACUGGUGGUCAUUAAGGGGCACGAGAUCGCGUCAAUUGACACGACAGUGGCUUUGAACCUCAAAUCGCUUCGCGAAGAUCUCGCCCUGCUGCAGUGCGACAUGAUCUGCUGGAACUGGAGUAUUCCGGCGGCGGGAGUGAUUUGCCGGAUGGAUAGGAAGCUGCGCAGUAUGUUCAAGUACUCGAAAAGCUUUCCCGACCUAAUGCAAACAAUUGCGGAUGGCGAGGCAGCCGUUUCGUGUAUUGCCGUUGACUUGAGUCAAUAAAGAGAGCUCUUUUGUCUUGUCGUA